CAAGGCCGGGGCCUGACUCAAACCUGGAGACUGGGGUGGCCGAGGGGCUUCAUCCCAGCUGAGAAGCGAAGAGCCGCUGGCCGCCGCGGAUCUCACAGCCGCUCGGGGUUUUUAGAACUUCAGCUCUAAAAAUGGGCAGAAUCUUCCUUGACCAUAUCGGUGGUACCCGUCUGUUUUCUUGUGCAAACUGCGACACGAUCCUGACCAACCGCUCAGAACUCAUCUCCACGCGGUUCACAGGCGCCACUGGCAGAGCAUUUCUUUUUAACAAGGUGGUUAACCUGCAGUACAGUGAAGUUCAAGACCGGGUCAUGCUCACUGGCCGCCACAUGGUUCGAGAUGUGAGCUGCAAAAACUGCAAUAGCAAACUGGGAUGGAUCUAUGAGUUUGCCACUGAAGACAGCCAGCGUUAUAAGGAAGGCCGUGUGAUCCUGGAACGUGCUCUAGUUCGAGAGAGUGAGGGCUUUGAGGAGCAUGUACCAUCUGAUAACUCUUGAAGAAAAAGAGAUAACUCCAUCUUUUCCCAGGUCUCCUUCACUGAAAACAAAAAUCUACUUACAUACACUGUCACCUUAGCAUCAGAGUCGGAUUCAUGAACUGAGGAACAAGAGGUUGUGAGAAUCUGAGAUGGAACCUUUCUUUCUUUUCUUUUUUUUUUUUUAAUUUUCUAUUCUCCAUCCAACAGCAGUGUGUAGAGAGAAUAUUAUGCAGAUGCCGUUAAUUUUUUUUCCCUAUGUUUACAUCAUGAGGCAGAAUAGUCUAUCUGCAGCUACAUGGUGGGCUAUGUGAGGAAAAAAAUCUGGGCUAUUAGAGUGAAAAAGUGUGUUUUCUGUAAAUUUUGAAAGGAAAAUGUGUCAAGAGCAUGGUUUUUAAACUUAUUUGGGCUUCAUUUUAAAACUUUUUUUUUUAAACCCAGUUAUUUCACUUGAUUUUCUAGCUUCAGAGAAGAGAUCCGAGUUUGUGACCAGAGCUAAAGGUUCAGUGUUAGUAUAGCUUGUGCUGGCCAUUGUGCCAUAUUCUUGUUGGAGAUGAACCGUAGCACCAGAGCCCAUUCUUCCUUGUGAGUCUUGACCCAAAGAUGUCACCAUUCCUAGUUAUUUGUUACCACAUAAUUGGUGUUGAUUGGAAACUUUUCCUGAAGUGGGGCAGAACUGCUUGGUUGUCUUUUCCAUGUAACUUAAGCAUAGUAAUAUAAAUAAAGUAAUAGUUGGA